AUAUUGCACACAUACAUACAGGCGAGGUUCGCAACAAAACCGAGCGGCAUGUGUUGUGCCAACCUUACUUUCGUUUCUCUUGUUUACAGGUCAAAGUUCAAGGAACCAAAAGUUUAAAACAAACGCAGUUAAUAGAUAUUUAUUAUUAGAGUCAUAAAUUAUUAAAAUGACUGAGAAGUCUGGAUGUGGCGAAUUACAACAACUAGUACAGGAAGAAGAAUGUGAGGAACCAUUAAGUCAAGGUGGAGAAGCUACUCCGCCUUCUACUCCAGCAAAGUGUUUUCAUCCAAAUAAAAAUGAUACUCAUAGUUCUCACGUCUCGCAACAAGUAUUAUGGGAACCUAAUGUACAAACAUCGCCUAUGGUUAGUAAAGGAAGUUCUGGUCAAGCAACAAGUCAAGGAUCUAUGAUUUCUGGCCGUGCUGUGAACCUCUCAAAUCAUGGAAAUCAAUCGCGUUUAAUUUUCAUGAAUGAAAAAGAAAAACAAAAACCAAGUCGACCAGAACUAUCAAAACUGAAUCGUCAACACAAAGCCUUGACGCCAUGCAAACAUCAUUGCUUUUUGUCAGAGGUUCCUGAUGUCCGCCACAUGGAACAAGCUUUAUUACAACUGUUGGAAGAUUUUCAUAGCGGCAAUUUACGAGCAUUUGGAAAAGAUUGUAGUAUGGAACAGAUGACAGAAAUACGAGAACAACAAGAACGACUGGCUAGGCUUCACUUUGAAUUAGUACAGAGACAAGAUAUUGGAGGGGAACAGUCAGGUCUUCGACACUCAAGUGCUAAUAUGCAUCAUUUGUUGCAUCGCCUUCAACAACUCAGUGUUUGUAUUGAAAAAUUACAUAGUAAGUGAUUUUAAAGUACAUGUAAAGUGUACAAAAAUUAUUUAAACAAAGUAUUUAAAUAAAAGCAUAAACUUAUAUUUGAUAAAA